AAUAGUAGGUUUUGCAUUUACAGACGGAAACCUCUAACAGAUGAAGACAUUCAGGCCUUGAUAUUCGACUGCCCAAGUGGUAGUGAGGAUGAGAAUUUGGAGAGUUCCGACAGCGGUGAUGAGUACACCAGGCUACCUCAAGCUUCUUCUGGUGACAGUGAAGGCGACAGCUCAGAGGAUUCAGAUGUAGAGGUGACGUCGACAACAAAGAACAAGAAACGGAGAAUCUGGCACUGGGUGAAAAAGGACAUUCCUAUAAACCGAGGUCAAGAAGUCAGGGUACUGAGGCCACGACCUGGUUUAGAAUGUGCGAAGUCUCCACUAGGGAUGUUCUUGAAAUUUGUCGACUAUGAUCUCUUAGAAUAUCUCACCUUUGAAACCAACAGGUACAGAGUACAGCAAAACCGCACACGGGUACUUCCAGUUUCGCUUUUGGACAUGCGAAAAUUUCUCGGCAUUGUACUCUACAUGUCCGUUGUGCAUCUCCCGUCAAGGAGAAUGUACUGGUCAGCAAAUACGCGAAUAGAAGACGUUGCAAGAUGCAUGAGCAGGAACAGAUUUGAAGAGAUACUCUCUUUAUUCCAUGCGAGCGACAAUGAUAAAGAAGUGCCAAGGGGUAGCGACGGUUAUGAUCGCCUCUAUAAGGUACGUCACAUGAUCACUGCGCUGAACACUAAUUUUUGGCAAGCAUCAGAAAUUGAAUCGUGUGUCUCGGUGGACGAAAUGAUGAUCCCGUUCAAGGGACGUCAUUCGCUCAAAGUGUACAUGCGAAACAAACCCAGUAAGUGGGGAUAUAAAGCAUGGACUCUACCAGGGCGCUCCGGUUAUGUGUACAAGCUGUACCUUUUUGGCGACAACCUCGUGAUGGACGCUCCAGAUAGCCCAGAAGGCGUCGGUGAAAGUGGGAAGAUUGUGCUCCGGCUAAGGACUGUCCGGCAGGGACUCAGGUCUUCUUUGACAACUUUUUUGCUUCAGUGGAACUCUUCGAAGAAAUGA